GACCUGGAGAAAGAGAGCGACACGCCUCUGCAGCAGGUCUCCAUCGAGGAGAUCCUGGAGGAGCAGCGGGUGGAGCAGCAGGCCAAGCAGGAGUCGGAGAAGCUGAAAGUGCAGGCGCUGAAGGAGCGGGGGCUCUCC